CUUGUAUUUUCCGCCCGAUUACUGAAUUCUGAAGCUUCCCUCCUUACAAAAACCAAAACCACUCGAAACUCAUCCCUCUGCUCCCCAUCUCUCGACAACGAUGGCGGCCUCUUUCUCCAUUUCCAGGCUCUCUCUCUCCCUUUCCUCUGCCUCUUCCAUUUCUCUCUUCCCCUCCAGAGCCACCACUCUCUCUUCCCGUCUCUCCUUCUCUUCUCUUCCCCUCAAUUCCUCCCGCCGUAUCUCCCCAAAACCCCUCCGAUUCUCCUCUUCUCCUACCUCCAAAUCCACCAUCUCCGCCGCCCUUUCCGUUGGCGAUAAGCUUCCGGAGUCCACUUUUUCUUACUUCGACGCGGCCGGCGAGCUCCAGACCGUCACUGUCUCUGACCUCACCAAGGGCAAGAAGGCAGUCUUCUUUGCCGUCCCCGGUGCUUUCACCCCGACGUGCUCUCAGAAGCACCUUCCCGGUUUCGUUGAGAAAUCAGCCGAGCUUAAGGCCAAAGGCGUCGACACGAUCGCCUGUAUUUCGGUUAAUGAUGCCUUUGUGAUGAAGGCAUGGAAGGAAAAUCUCAAUGUUAACGAUGAGGUUCUGUUGUUAUCCGAUGGGAAUGGGGAUUUCACUAGGGCGAUUGGUUGCGAGCUUGAUUUGAGCGAUAAGCCGGUGGGAUUGGGCGUGAGGUCGAGGCGUUACGCGCUUUUGGCUGAGGAUGGAGUCGUGAAGGUCUUGAAUUUGGAGGAAGGAGGUGCGUUUACCUUCAGUAGUGCUGAGGAUAUCCUCAAAGUUCUUUGAAUGAGAUGAGAUAAGAUCAGAUUCCUUUCUUUUUUUCUAUUGAACGCUAUCGUUUUCCACUGCUUGUUGGUUCACUUCAUAGUGUAGCUAUUUCGAUUUUGGCGAAUAAAUGGGAUGAAUUGCAUCUGUUUGAAUCAAUCUCUGAGUUCGUCUUCA